UAAUUGAUGGUUUUUGUUUUUUUCCCGAUUAUUUUCCCCCUAAAUAAAUUAGGUAGGGCUGUCAAAAUAGGAUAGGUAGGGUGACCGGAAGCAGAACUAUUUUUUUGUGUGGCCAAUAUAUCUCUUUCCUGAACAAAGUCCGGGCGACCCAGAAUGGGCUUGAGGGUGUACAGGUCAUUGUAAAUAGUGCAAUGUGCAUUGUUACAGAUUAGUUUUGCUAAAUCCAAUUGUUGCAGAGGUCGCUUUUUUAGGGCAUGGCAUCAAUUGAAACGAUGAUAACGAUAUCUCAAUGAUAAAGUUACAUGUAGGCAACAGAAACUCCUAUUUUUGCUUCAUUUGAAAGACGUACAUUCUUGAAAAAGAUGUCUGAACCUGUCCGAGUCAUCAUGUGGGGCGUUCCGCGCUCACGUUCCUCCAUCAUCGCAAAAUGCAUGGACGGCGUGCCAGACUCCAAGAUCCUUUUCCAGCUUUACUCGCCGCCUUUUCGGGCUGGUCUUGGGGAAUUUGCACCUUCGCGAAAAAAUCCUUCAUCUGGGACGCUGAAGGAUGCCCUCGAGGAACCAGAAAGCUCUGGCUUCGCCGAAGAAAACAGCACUUAUCCAUGGGUGAAAAAGCAAAUGGAAGCCAGCUAUCCAGGCAAGAGGUUCAUCUUUGCCAAGGAGUUCGCUUACACAGUUGAAGACAAGUUUGAGUACAUCCCCAAGGGCUAUCGACACAUCUUCUUGAUUCGGGAGCCAGCAAAGGUGUUUCAGUCGAUGAAGAGAGUCCUGCCAGAUAUUUCCGCCAUGAGGGGGCAGCCGAUACAGGGGACAGGAGGGGGCGAGUUUCACUUGGACAAGCAACCCGCCGUUUUUCUGGGACACAAUUGGACUUUUAAGGAGGCUGUCAUUUUGUAUGAAUACCUCCAAGAGAACAAUCUGGAGUCGGAUCCGAUCAUCGUGGAUUCUGAUGAACUUGUGAACGACCCAGCAGCAGUUCUCUCACGACUCUUUGAAAAGCUUGGAGUACCGUACCAUGAUUCCAUCUUGAAGUGGGAGAAAGGAACAGACGUCACAGAGAGAUGGGUUAUUAGUAAAGAUUUCAAGAAUAGGGUGAGCACUGGUUUAACCUAUAAGGAUUUCCGAGACAGCACCGAAUUUUUCAAACAAAAGGCUGAGGCUGGUGCUCCGCUCACUGGUGCCAGACUUCCUGAAGAUGUGCAGCGUUGUGUAGAUUUCUCCAUGCCAUACUACCUGAAGCUGUACCAGAAACGGUUGACAGUUUAAAAAACGAAACCUUGCAAAAAAUGUUGUGAUGUCAAAGCAUUA